AUGGCAGAAAUGAAGUCGAUGUUCCGGGAAGUUCUUCCAAAACAAGGGCAGUUGUAUGUAGAAGAUAUACCCACAAUGGUGCUAUGUAAACCCGUACUUUUACCAUUAAGAUUUAUGACUGUGCCAAAACUGGAGAAAAUACAGCAAACAGCACAGGAUACAAUUCGCCAACAGGAAAUGACAGAAAAGGAACAACAGAAAACUCACUGA